GAUGAUUAUUGCUGACUCACUGAAUUACGUGAACGACACUCAGGACACGUUCCUUUGGAGACAGAGUUUCUUGGAGGCUUCAGUGGAGAAAGAACAAUUGGCACCCAGGAAAAUUAAUCUAAAAUUAGAUCCUUUCUUCACUUUCUAAACAUCCAAAUGGCAAGCCCCCAGAUUUCAGCCUCAGCAUUUGGUUUGCUCUCUGUUCACUGUAAUCUCCAGUGAAAACAUACCUAAACAUCAUCUGGGGCCACAGCAUUUCUCAAGAAAUUUCUUCUCAGUCUCCUUCAAGAUUUAGCUGAAUGGCAGGUGCUACCCCAAGUAAAGAAGUGACCUUGGAACAGAAAGUCCUUCAGAUUUUACAAAGCUCCACGUCCUCCAAGAAGGCCUACAAGAUCGCCGAGGAAUGCUCCGUUGGCCAGGACUGUCGGGUGCCCAGAGCAGACGUCAACAGGGUGCUGCAUGCGUUAAAGAAUAGAGGAAAAGUCACCCUCUUGGAGAGUGGGUGCUGGUGCCUGAGCAGGGAAGACACUACAGACAAAGUCUUACCCGAUGCAUCAUUUCAAAGAAAUGGGGCCCUGGAACAGAAAGUCCUGCAGGUUUUACAAAGCUCCACAUCCUCGAAGAAGGCCUACAAGAUCGCCGAGGAAUGCUCCGUCGGCCAGGACUGCCGGGUGCCGAGAGCAGAUGUCAACAGGGUGCUGCAUGCGUUAAAGAACAGAGGAAAGGUCACCCUCUUGGAAAGUGGGUGCUGGUGCCUGCACAGGGAAGGUACUGUGGAUAAAGACCGCACCAACGUAUCACUGCAAAGAAAUGCUGAUUCCACGGUACCGCAGAAGGAAAUGCCUCUUGUUUCUGCGAUUGACAUCCGUCGGCUUCCUGAAAUUUGUCAACUUGGAAAACAUGAUCCGAUUCCUGCCAUUAUUAUUCAGAACAGCCCAACAAAUGUUAUCUACCAAGGUGGAGAGAAGAACACAGUUUCUAUUGGUGAUUCCAAAGUUACUCAAAUUGGAAGUGUCAACUCAAUGAAUCAGCUUCCUGAUGGUAGUAAGGGUUAUGAUUCUGGAUUUACUUUACCUACUGUACAGUCUGACUCUCAGGCAUCAUGCCCUUCUGGAGGACUGGGGAUUUCCAGUGCACUGUUGGCCCAGAACAUCACAAUCUUAGAAGCAGAGCUUCAAAAUGUGCAAAUUGGAAAUGAGAACAAAAUGGAUAUUAGGAGCCAUGGUGCAUUUGCCAGCUUCACUGAAGACAUGGGAAGACAAAGAGUGCCAGAGAUGAGCGAGUCUGGCGAAGGGGCCACACUCUCUGCCAAGGGCUCAAAUGCCUCAAUAGACAUCAUCCAUACAACCCUGCGUGGUCUUCCUGGAGGAGAAACCCCAGCUCAAAACAUCCACAUUCAGAAGUCACAGCUGAAGAAUGUCACCAUUGGCACUGGGAACAAAAUGGACCUGAAAGUGGGUGAAAAGGGCAUGGCCGGUGGAGCCUGGAAUUGCCCUUUCGACAAGCUCAGGUGUGAUUCCGAGAUAACACCAGAGUCCUCUCCAUGAGGCCAGUGGCCAAAAUUUCCAGCUGGAAUUGCCUACUGCCGAUCGUUCUUGGAUACAGUCUGCAUCUGUCAGAAGUGAAAACUACCUUUGGGGAGACGAAAUCGGUGACACUGAGGCUGAACUCUAGUCUCUAAGAGCCUUGUGGGCAGGGAUCUUGUCUACUCUACUGUAGUGAACUCUCCCGAGGGCUUAAUAUGGUGUUCUGCACACAGUUUUGCAAAUGUCAAAAUUGCUAAGCCAGCACUCAGCAUUCCAGUUACCUGAUGAAAUGUUAAGUGUGCUCAACAGCUGCCCCUGUCAGCCUCGUCCAUUGUGCCUCUGACAUUUCAACUGUGAUCUCAUGCAGCUUUGCAACGUGUCCAUCUCCAUUUUCAACAGUGAGUGGGGGCAUAGAGAACCAGGAAAUGGGAGAGAAGUCCUUGUCAACUGGGAGCCCACUUUCUGGGGACCAAGAAUAAAUAACCCCAUGAUGUUACCUUGGAAGGAGAUGAUAGUGAGAAGACCCAGAGAGGAGAAGCAAGAAGUUUAAGAAGAAAUUAAGAUGAGUAUUACUACACCUUCAGAAAUUAGUCCAGGCCUCUAGGCCAGACCUUGAAGAAAAACAGGCUUGCAGGCAAAAGAAUUUUGACAAAAGUAUCUAAUAUGGUGUAGCUUUGGAGAUUGAUGGCUGUUUUAUGAUGACUAAAACCUCGGUGAUGGUGAGAUGGACUGGUGGCAUAUUUCCAGGUUGGAAUUAUAUAGAUGAGGAAAUUUACAGAUGAGGAAACUGAGGCAUGGAGAAGUUAAAUGAUUUGCUGACGGGCACACA